UGAGACGCACGUAGGUAGACAAAACAACAGUGAUGGAAGUGGCUAUGGAGGAAGCAGUAGCUCCCUCCGGCUGCAGCUCCACCACCACCACCAUGGACGACGACUUUAUAUGUGCCUGGAACGACUGGAACCCUGCCGUGGACUGGGGAUCGUUCUCCUCCGUCGCAGACGAUUUCCACGAGCUCAUCGAGUCCAUGAUGUGCCCCGACGUCGUUGACAGCCCUGACGGCCUCAUGUCCGUGUCCCAAACUCCGUCCUACAACUCGAGCCCAAGCAGCAUGGCGACAAGUGCCGACACGCCUGCUGAGGAGGAUGUGGGUGCCGGCGGUAGUCAUGACGGCGAUGAGAAGGGCCUUCGGCUUGUUCACCUGCUGGUGGCGGCGGCGGAAGCCCUUGCGGGUCCGCACAAGAGCCCGGAGCUAGCCCGGGUGAUAUUGGUUCGGCUCAAAGAGUUGGUGUUGCAGGCCGGUGCCGGCGCUGGCGUCGGCGGGACGAGCAUAGAGCGUCUGACUGCGCAUUUCACCGAUGCCUUACAAGGCCUGCUCGACGGUAGCACCAGUGCUCACUGUGGUGGCCGAAAUUCAUUCCGCGACGGCCACCUCCUCCACCACACGUCCGAUGUGCUCACGGCGUUCCAGCUGCUCCAAGACAUGUCUCCUUACAUAAAGUUCGGCCACUUCACGGCCAACCAGGCGAUCUUGGAAGAGACCCUGGGCGAGCGCCGAAUCCACAUAAUCGACUACGACAUCGCCGAGGGAGUACAGUGGGCCUCCCUGUUGCAGGCGCUGGUGUCGCGCCCCGGCGGGUCCCCGCCGCCGCACCUGCGCAUCACCGCCGUCACACGAGGAGGAAGCCGCGCCAUGCGGGAGACCGGGCGGCUUCUGGCGGCGUUCGCGGCAUCGGUCGGGCAGCCUUUCUCCUUCUCACAGUGCCGCCUCGACGCCGACGAGCAGUUCCGCCCCGCGGGUGUGAAGGUGGUGAAGGGCGAGACGUUGGUGAUGAACUGCGUGCUCCACCCGACCAUGAACAACACACGGAGUGGGUCGGCGUCGUCGGUGGCUUCAUUCCUGCGGGGAGCGGUGGAGCUCGGGGCGAAGGUUGUGACGCUGGUGGAGGAGGAGGAGCAGGAGCAGUCUGAAGAGAGAAGCUUUGUGAGGAGGUUCAUGGGGGAGUUGCACAGGUACUCGGCAGUGUGGGACUCAUUGGAGGCCGGGUUUCCGAUGCAAGGGAAGGCGAGGGGAAUGGUGGAGAGGGUCAUACUCGCGCCGAGGAUCGCCGGAGCGGUCGGCAGGGCAUACCGAGACAGCAAGGAAGAAGAAACCGACGGUAGGUGGGGGAAGUGGAUGGCUGUCAUGGGCUUUGGGAGAGUUAGGAUCAGCUGCUUCAACCACUGCCAGGCCAAGCUGCUUCUGGGGCUGUUCAACGACGGGUACAGCGUGGAGGAGGAUGGCAGUAACAAGCUGGCGUUGGGAUGGAAGUCAAGAAGGUUGCUUUCUGCUUCAGUGUGGAAGCCGCCUCUUUCUCCUCCUCCUCCAUGUCCUCCAUCACCCAUUCGUGUAGGAAUUGUAACUCCUGAUGGGCUCACGGCCAGCUUUGAGGAUUCUGAUUUCGUCAGUGAUUGAAUGUUAUUUCCUAUGUCUUCGGGUUCA